AUGCGUAAGAGGUCUAAAAGCUUUUGCGGGAUGAGAUUCAUAUCGGAAAGAUGGCCGUUGAUAUCGCAGCUAAUUGACCAGAACCAGAUCCCUGAGUUUGAUAAUCUAUAUCUUGAUAUGAACUCCAUUUUGCAUACGUGCACUCAUUCGAAUGACGACACUAUUAACAGAUUGUCUGACGAUCAGAUGUACGCGGCCAUUUUCAACUAUAUUGAGCAUCUUUUCACAAUAAUAAAACCAAAACAGACGUUUUAUAUGGCUAUAGAUGGGGUUGCUCCAAGAGCCAAGAUGAACCAGCAAAGAGCUAGAAGGUUUCGAACUGCAUACGAGGCCGAGAUAAAUUUGAAAAAGGCUAUUGAAAAUGGAGAAGAGAUUCCUAAAGAUGACCCGUUUGAUUCUAAUUCAAUCACACCGGGAACUGAGUUUAUGGCUAAAUUAACUAAUAAUUUGAAAUAUUUUAUACAUAAGAAAAUCACCGAGGAUUCUCAGUGGGCAAAUGUCGAGAUCAUUUUGAGUGGUCACGAAGUUCCAGGGGAAGGUGAACACAAGAUUAUGGAAUACAUUAGAGCGCAACGUGCACAAGACGGAUACAAUCCGAACUUGAGACAUUGCAUAUAUGGGUUAGAUGCUGAUUUGAUAAUGUUGGGUUUGGUUAGUCAUGACACGCAUUUUGCAUUAUUAAGAGAAGAAGUUACAUUUGGUCCACGUAAGGGCCAAAGUUCUUCGUUACAAAAGGAUGUAACCGAUCAGAAAUUUUUUCUUUUGCACUUGUCUAUAUUAAGGGAGUACUUGGCAUUGGAGUUUCAAGAAAUUGAGGAAGAGAUGAAAUUUGAAUAUAAUUUUGAUCGAAUAUUGGACGAUUUCAUUCUCAUUAUGUAUGUUAUUGGAAAUGAUUUUUUGCCUCAUUUACCUGAUUUGCAUAUAAAUAAAGGUGCUUUCCCGUUAUUGGUUUCCACCUUCAAACAAACAUUACUUCAAAUUGAUGGUUAUAUAAAUGAGGAUGGUAAAAUAAAUUUAAGAAGAUUAAACGCGUGGAUCCACCAUUUGUCGGAUUUCGAAUUUGAAAACUUUGAGGAAAAAGAAGUUGACAUUGAAUGGUUCAACAAGAAGUUGGAAAAUGUAUCAAUCACUGGAGAAAAGAAGCGGAAAAGGAUUGGUAAGCUCUUGAUUUUGAAAGAUCAAAAGAAGUUGGUUGGAUUCAUCAAACCGUGGCUUAUGGAAGUUUCUAGUCAACCAGUAUCUACACUUAUUGAAUUGGCCAACGAAGAGAAACUACCAUCGUUGCCUUUGAAGAAGGAAGAAGUAGAGAGCAAUAUGGAGUUUUUGAAACAGUUUGCAUUACAAGCAGGGUUCUUGAUAAUUCACUCUAAAUCAGAAGAUACGUAUCUUGCCAAAUUAGAUGUUGACGGUUUACCGUCAUUUGAGUCACAGGAUGACUUUGAAGAGCGUAUUAAGGAACUUAGAGCAACUAUCAAGCAUUAUCAAUCGGCAAAUUUGGUGGAGAGUGAAGAAAUCAUGAAUGAUACUAAAGAAUUGUACAAAAAGAGAUUUAGAGAAUGGAAAAACAAUUACUAUAAAGAUAAGUUGCAUUUUUCAAUUGAUGAUGAAGAGAAAUUAACUGAAUUGACUGCACAUUAUGUCGAAGGUUUGCAAUGGGUAUUGUAUUAUUACUAUCGCGGAUGUCCAUCUUGGAGUUUUUAUUAUAGAUACCAUUACUCGCCUCGUAUUUCCGAUAUAUCAAUUGGCUUGGAAGCGCUAAUUGAAAAGGGCGAGGAUAUAAAGUUUGAGCAAUCGCAGCCUUUUAAACCAUUUGAACAACUAAUGGCUGUUCUUCCAGCUAGAUCAAAAAAAUUGAUGCCGCCAAUUUACAGACCGUUAAUGACUGAUGAAAAAUCACCAAUUAUUCAAUUCUAUCCUCAUGAAGUAGAUGUGGAUAUGAAUGGUAAAACAGCUACAUGGGAAGCUGUUGUGUUGUUAGAUUUUGUUGAUGAAAAAAAGUUAGUAGAAACAUUAAAACCGUUGGAAGAUAAGCUUUCACCAGAAGAAGCGAAAAGAAAUUCGUAUGGCCAUGCUAUUAAGUUUAUGCAUAACGCACAAAUUGACAAGGUUUUCUCCUCGCCAUUACCAGGCUUUUUCCAGGAUAUUGAGCACGAUAAAUGCUAUGAGGAAAAGUUUGUGUUGCCAGAAGUUAAGAAGCAUAGAAUUGGCCAAAUCGACGGAGCACGUUCGGGCACAGAGUUGCUGGCAGGUUUCCCUUCUUUACAAACCGUUCCAUUUACUUUUGAGUUGGCACAAAAUGAAGUGAAGAUUUUCAACUUUUCCUCUAAAUCCGAAUCCGUGAUCUUGAACAUUGAAAAUGUGUGGUCUGACUUAUCGGUGAUGCAAUUUGCUCAAAGCUUUGUUGGGAAAUUAGUUUACAGCAAUUGGCCGUUUUUGAGAGAAUGUAGAGUUUUAAAGGUUGUUGAUGGCAUACACGUCUUUGAAUCAGAGAAAUCUUCAACUGGAAGGCGGCAUGUGGUUACUCGUGAACUUCAAGCUAAUGAGCAGAAAGCUUAUAAAGCAGAGUGCAACAACACCAGCUAUGCUUGGGAUAAAACCAAGGCUGUUAGGUUGGGAACAGUUGACGUUUUAGUAUACGUGCAAUCUGUCAAUGGACUAAUCAGAAACGCAAGAGGUGCAUACGUGAAAACUUUUUCAAAAGAAAUUGAGGUUUAUCCUUUACAGUUGAUUGUUAGAGAAGUGUUGCACAAGGAUCCAAGAUAUGCUACUAGACCACCAUUACCGAUCGAUCAAGAGUUCCCGUUACAUUCCCAAGUAAUUUUCUUAGGUGAUAUGGCUUAUGGUGCUCCUGCAACAGUUGUAGGAUAUAGCGGAUCCACUUUGAGCAUCAAAAUUUUCAAGAUCCAAUCAACAGCAGAGCCAAACAUUGGAGAAGUUAGACUGAUUAUUGAGUCACGUGAAAUCAAGUAUAGUCCUUCUUUUGAAGUUAGCAAGACUCUUAGGAUCAAUUCUCUUUUGUUAUCGAAAAUCACGAGUCAAUUUAUGGUUACACAUGAAGGCAAAAAGAUAAACAUUGGUUUGGAUUUGAAAUUUGAAAGUAAGAGACAAAAAGUCUUGGGCUAUACAAAGAAGCUGUACAAUGAUAAGUUUUGGGAAUUUUCUCCAUUGGCUAUAAAUUUGAUAAAUACUUACAAGACUAAAUUUCCGACCUUAUUCAACAACUUGACAAAAAUGAGUGGUUCCGAAAUACCUCAAGUAAAUCAGAUUCUGAGCUUGGAGGAAAUCAAACGGGUUCAGUCAUGGUUGAAGGAGGUGAAGAAAGAUUUGAUCCCCGUUUCGUUGGAAAGUCAGUCCUUCACAAAGUUUAGUUUUGCUGCAAUUGAAAAAUAUAUGGACAAUUAUAUUUUGAGACAAAUUCCAUCCAUCAACAAGGACAUCAGGGGUGUACCACGACAUGCAAUAUUGAACGCGAGCGAGUCGUAUCAAUUAUUGAGUGAACAAAAAUUCGACUUGGGAGAUCGGGUUGUUUAUGUACAAGAUCAUGGUAAAGUCCCAAUCUUGUCCAAAGGAACCGUUGUGUCCAUAUUCACUGUGGGUUCCAAGACUUCUUUGGCGGUUAUUUUUGAUGUACCUCAGUUGGGUGGAAAUACUAUGAACGGAAAGCUUCAAAGCAAAAGAGGAUUACUCAUUGACUCCUCGUUGGUGUUGAAUUUGACAAAUAAACAGUUUAUUUCCCACUCGCGUGCUUCUAAAGAGAGAAAAACACAUGAUAUAAAUGCGAACAAACAGGGAAGAGUCAACGCUUCAUACGUUAGCAGAGAUCGACGCCCUCGACCAGAUGCGAAUGCUAAAGUGUUGGAUGCUAAACAUCAAUAUGUGAGAUCCAAAGAAAAGCCUGUUCAAAAAGACGUUGCAAAACCAGGGUCUACCUCAACUCAAUCUAAUGAAUUAUUAACUCUUUUGAAGAGAAAGAAUAAGGAGCCAAAAGACGAGAAAGAAAAGGAAACAAAUACUGAUGAUAACGUUGCAUCUGAGGGAAAAGGUAAAGAUGAGCGACUUAAGACUGAUCCACAUGCAAUAAAGCAAAUUUAUGGACAAAUCUUCUCGAAUGUAAUGAGUCAAGGUGCAAUACCAACAAAUGGGAAUGGGAAUACAAACGGGCCUCAGUAUGGACAGCCAAUUCCUUACCCGGGGCAAGUAAACUUUGGGUACUCUCAACAGUACCCUGGUGUGCCACAGUCUCAACAGUACGCUUACCAAUAUCAGCAGCAGCAGCAGCAGCAGCCUACCUAUAUACCUUCCGAAUUACAGUCAACACAGGUUCACACUAACGAUUCACAAAAGUUUGGUAAUGCUAUAGAUAGGUUUCUCUACGACGCAAAGAUUGCGGAGGAGAAAGUAAAGAACGAGGCGGGCCACGCGAAGGACAAAUCGGAGAAGUAA